AUGAAAGAAGUUAAACACCACAAACAGCAAAGUUUGUGCCAGACUCGAGCCGCUUAUAGACAAGGUCGGAGACUCACAGCUGUUAAAACCUACACUAUUGCGAACGAAUCGCAACAUUUAUUCGUUUAUGGGGUCCCCAAAAUCAACCUUUUUAGCGAAUUUAAGGCGUUGUGUGCCAAACAAGGAAAAUUAACAAAGUUUCAUCUAGUCGCCGACCACAAAACUGAGAUUUUCACCGAAUGUUUUCACGUCGUCUAUGAGAAGUUUGAGGUGGCAAGGAGGGCGAAAAGACUGCUAGAUAAUAAGGCGUUCUAUGGGGGCAUCCUUCAUGUGUGCUAUGCCCCGGAGCAUGAGACUGUGGACGAGACUAGGGCUAAGCUAUUGUUAAGAAAUCAAAGUAUUUUAAAUUAUAAAGGCUAAAUAAAUUAGGUAAUUAAAUAUUUUGGCUGUUU